AUUCUACCCCCCACUCCAUUACCAGACACUGUCGGUACUGCGAAACACCGAUAACACAAUAACAUGAUUAUAUCGGCGACUCCUCAAUGAGAAAUUGUGCGUAUAAUAUUCAUAUCAAAAAGCCUCGAUAGAAAGCCUUGACGACCUUCAAUUCAAAAAAUGCAAUAAACCAGAGCUUUGCCUACGAGCUAUUUCCAGUUAUAUUAUUAUUUUGCUGUGGUUUCAUCAGGUUGGAGGCCCCUAAGUAUGGCACUUCGAUGUUAUAGAUUGUUUUUGACGCAAAAUCAAUCGGUUCUAAGGCCACUGGAUCGAGGUCAAGGCGAAUUGUUGCUGAUAACGAGGCCCGCGGUUGGUAAUGAAACGAAAUGUCAUUACUCUGUCGGUCCAAGACUGAUAACGCCGAUAGAGGAAGCAAGGAGGUUCAUGACCGAUUGCUUUCUAGCUGUUGGUACUCCAAAAGAACAUGCAGAAAUUGUUUCUGAAAAUCUGUUUGAGGCAGAUUAUAGAGGACACUACAGCCAUGGCAUGAACAGACUCGAAAUGUACAUCAGGGACAUUCAACAUAAUUCCUCAGACGCUAAAGCCGUGCCUUGUAUAUUGAAGGAAACUGCAGCUACGGCUUUGGUGGAUGGUAAAAAUGGAUUGGGUGCUGUAGUGGGCGAACGGUGUAUGGCACUAGCAAUUAAAAAGGCUAAAGAGGUUGGCAUAGGCUUUGUUGUGGCUAGAGGUUCAAACCAUUUUGGCAUAGCUGGAAAAUACGCAAUGCAAGCAAUCGAUGAGGGUUUAUUAGGGAUGAGUUUUUCGAAUACGUCACCUUUCAUGACGCCAACGCGAGCGAAGACGGCUACUUUAGGGACAAACCCUUUAUCGCUUGGGGCACCUGCAACAAAAGGUGACAGCUUUGUGUUAGACAUGGCAACAACGGCUGUCGCUGUUGGAAAGAUAGAGCUGGCCCGCAGGAAACAGGAGCCGAUUCCCGAGGGAUGGGCGCUGAACGACCAGGGCAUGCCCGAAACCAAUCCUACCAUAGCGUACAAGAGCGCCAAGCUGAUGCCGUUGGGAGGCACGGAGGUCAAUUCGGGCUACAAGGGCUACGGACUGGGCAUGCUGGUCGAGAUAUUUUCAGGCAUUUUAUCAGGUUCGGCCUACGGUCCGCACAUUAGAAAAUGGGGUCAGGCGGACAAGUUGGCCAACUUGGGUCACGCAUUUAUGGCUAUAGACCCCAGCGCCUUUGAACCUGGAUUUGAAGACAGACUGUCAGAUCUACUUAAUUAUGCCAGAAAUUUGGAGCCGGCAGAUCCGGCGAAGCCCGUUUUGGCGCAUGGCGAUAAAGAACGGCAACACAUGGAGAAAGUCAAGAAAGAUGGAGGUUUCAGAUACGUAGAAAAUCAACACUCUACGAAUGAUAAACUUGCGAAAGAGCUUAAGGUGAAACCGAUGGAGUCCAAGACUGUCAAUCUUCCAGCUGACGAUGAUUAGAAGAAAAUACAAGAUGCAAUGCACCUAGGCGUAAUAAUAUCUGCUUUUCUGUGGUUGUUGACACUUUGAUGUUUAUCGAAUAUGGCACGUUGAUGCAAAAGUUGUUUGACUAAAUAAAGAUGAUAAUGUAAUACGCACAAAUUGUUGAAAAAUAUAUUGUUUGUUGCUUA